AUGUCUUCGUCCUACAGGCCGCACCCACUGCGGCAGGCCCAAACCGCCGACUAUCCCGUUUUCCGACCAUCUUCAUCGGCAUCCUCAGGUUAUUCCAACGCCUCAUCCGGAACCUAUGAGCUCGGUCGAUCCUCCAUUUCAUCUUCGCCAUCCAGCACCUACUCCAACCACGGGCAUAAACGCGGCCAAAGUGAAGUCACCCGCCGCCCCCCCCCACUUCAUUCGUCACAAAGCCACCCCUCCACGCCGAUGUCAGAAAAUAUCUACCAUGCGGCUCGGCAAUCCCUCCGACCACUGCCUCAAGUACCGCGCCCUACAACACCACCCCGCGCUCCUACCCGCCAUGACCGCGGCCACAGUGUCGACAUUGGAAAGCUGUCGAUUGCUGACCAUGGCGCAACAUCACCAACCUCGCCAACUCCCCCUACGCCACCCCACCGUUCACCUAAUGCCCGCCCGACCUCGAUGCUUUUAACGCGCGCCGACUCACCUACCGCUCGUCCAACCUCGAUGAUCUUAACGCAUUCCGAUACGGUCCGCCGGGGCAGCGAUCCCCCGCUCCCGCCAGCUCUCCUCCAUGCGCAUACAGCCCCCCUUUCUACGCCAGACCUUGAAAGACUGGGCCGGUCCUCAACAAACCAGCUCCGCACCUUGUCACGGCUGGCGCAAUCUAGUUCUGCCGAGGAAUUUUCCAUUACUUCCCCAGCGCAGGAGGUGGUCGGUCUCAAGGGUCGGCGGAGGCUUCAAAGGGCUGACAAGGCCGGGAAUAAUCGCCCAGCGCAACGGACAGGCGGCUAUGGUUGGGAAGGUAGGAACUGGAUGGAUAAGCAGCGGCAGUUCCUCCAAGCUUACGAGUAUCUUUGCCAUAUCGGUGAGGCUAAAGAGUGGAUUGAGGAUGUUAUCCAGCGCGCGAUCCCGCCCAUCGUUGAGCUGGAGGAGGCGCUGAGGGACGGUGUCACGCUUGCCGAGGUGGUCGAAUCACUGAAUCCUCAGCGCCGUUUCAAGAUCUUCCAUCAUCCUCGACUUCAAUAUCGACAUUCGGACAAUAUCGCCAUAUUUUUCCGUUACUUAGACGAAGUCGAACUUCCGGACCUAUUUCGAUUCGAGCUUAUUGACUUGUACGAGAAGAAAAACAUCCCCAAGGUUAUUCACUGCAUCCACGCGUUGAGUUGGCUGCUCUACCGGAAAGGCAUAGUGGGCUUCCGGAUCGGCAACCUCGUUGGGCAGCUGGAGUUCGAGCACCAUGAGCUGGAGGCUAUGCAGAAGGGUCUUGAUAAGCUCGGAACCAGCAUGCCUAGCUUCGGCAACAUGGGGGCCGACUUCGGCGUCGUUGAAGAACCGCCAGAGCCUGAAGAGACCGAGGAGGAGAGAAUCGACAGAGAGCUGGCCGAGAAUGAAGCUGCAGUGGCGGACUUACAGGCCCAGAUCCGCGGCGCUGUGCUUCGGAUGCAACUGGGCGAUGUAAUGCAAAACCUCUGGGAUUCUGAGGAUUGGUUGAUCGACCUCCAGGCACGCAUUAGGGGCGACUUCACCCGCCAAAUUAUGGACUAUCGGCUCCAAAUGAAGCGUUUCGCCGUCAGACUUCAAAGCGCCGCGCGCGGUUUCCUCGUCCGCCAGCGCCAGGAAGGGACAGAGCAGGUGUGGAAGAGUGUUGAAGGCGACAUUAUGAAGCUCCAGAGCUUGGUGCGGGCAAGCAAGGCCCGCAGCGAGGUGCGAGAUCAGCGGUCUGAGUUGGCGGUUGCGGCGGGCCCCAUCCGGGACAUUCAAGCGACCUUCCGGGGCUUUUUGCUCCGGAAGGAGAUGAUGGCCCAGGAGAAGGAAGUGAAGCACACGGCCGCUCCCGUUGCCGGGCUUCAGGCUGCCGUCCGCGGGCUCCUUCUCAGACAGAAGCUGGGAGUGGAGCAGAUGGAAUUGCAGUCAGAGACCGGCGCCAUCACCAGUCUGCAGGCCGCUGCCAGGGCCGCAUUGGCCAGGGGCGAAAUCGCGUCACAAAGAGAAGCCCUCGAAGACUUAGCACCAAUGUGGGAAACAUUGCAAGCCGCCAGCCGAGGACGUCUCGCUAGGCGCGAUGUUAGCGGAGUCAAAGCCGAAUUGCAACAACACUCUACCGCCCUCGGCCUCCUCCAAUCGCACAGCAGAGCAGCUGCGGUGCGCAGGGAGAUCUCCGAGGUACUCGAGGGUCUGGGCGAUGCGGAGGACGAAAUUUUGACUCUGCAAUCCACUAUUAGGGGAAUGCUCGAACGGAACCGAGUGUCCGACCUCCUCGAAGCCUUGGACCAGGAAGAAGAUUCAGUGACUCAACUGCAAUCCCAUAUUCGCGGUGUUCUAUGCCGGCAGCAGAAUAACAUCCUACUUGAUGACCUUGAAGAAAACGACGAGGAAGUUGCCGCCUUGCAAUCUCUCGCGAGGGCAAUGCUUCUUCGAGACAAUGUCGCAAGGGUCUUAGAUGAGCUUGAGGAGAACGAAGAAGUCGUUGGCGAGAUUCAGUCUGCUGCCAAGGCCUUCAUAGUCCGGGCGAAGUUUGAGGAAAAGAAGCGGCAUUACAACGAAAACAUGCAAAAGGUGGUCAAGAUUCAAAGUUUUGUCCGGGCCAAACUUCAAGGCGAGGCCUACAAGAGCCUAACAUCUGGGAAGAACCCGCCGGUCAAUGCUGUCAAGAACUUCGUGCAUCUCCUCAACGACAGCGAUUUUGAUUUCAACGAGGAGGUCGAGUUUGAGCGGCUGCGCAAGACGGUUGUCCAACAAGUCCGGCAGAAUGAGAUGCUGGAACAAUACAUCGACCAGUUGGACAUCAAGAUCGCUCUUUUGGUGAAGAACAAGAUCACCCUCGACGAGGUCGUCAGGCACCAAAGCAACUUUGGCGGACAUGCCAGCAACCUCCUCGCCAACAGCUCCAUGGCUAGUGUUAACCAAUUUGAUCUCAAGGCCCUGAACAAGGGCUCGAGGAAGAAGCUCGAAUCCUACCAGCAGCUGUUUUUCGCCCUUCAGACACAGCCUCAAUACCUGGCCAGGCUCUUCAAGCGUCUGCGCGAGCAGGGGACCGCCGAGAAGGAGUGCAAGCGGGUCGAGCACCUUAUGAUGGGCCUCUUCGGCUACGCGCAGAAGCGGCGAGAAGAAUAUUAUCUUCUGAAGCUCAUUGGGCGGUCCAUCCGGGAAGAAGUCGAGACUUGUAAGACAAUCCAAGACUAUCUCCGGGGCAACUUCUUUUGGUCCAGACUCGUCCACAAUUACACGAGAUCUCCACGCGACAGGAAAUAUCUGAGGGACCUCCUCGGGCCUCUGAUCAGGGACAAUAUCAUCGAAGACCCCGAGCUCGACCUAGAGAGCGACCCUAUGCAAAUUUACCGAUUCUUGUGCCGGCAGGCUUUCGAGGCUCUCUGCCAGCGGUUCCAACGGGAGCCCCAGGAUCGUCUGCUACAAAUUAUCACCAACUGGCUGUGGAAGUUCUAUCUCCAGCCGGCCGUGACCACGCCUGAGAAUGUGGGCGUGAUGGACAAGCAGCUGAGCCCGCUCCAGAAGCGCAACCUCGGGGAAGUCGCGAAAGUUCUCGGCCAGAUCACAUCCGGCAAGCAAUUUGGGGGCGACAACAUCUACCUUCAACCUCUCAAUGCCUUCGUCGCAGAAGCCAUUGAACGCCUGGCCGAGCUGACGCAAAACCUCAUCACCGUGCCCGACGCCGAAAGCACGUUCGACAUUGAUGAGUUCAACGACCUGAUAGCUCUCGAAAACAUCUUGCGGCUUGAGCAGCUGGGCCGCAUCUCGCGCCACAACCACUAUCAGGAUGUGCUCAAUGCCAUCGCCGUCGACAUCCGAACCAAGAGCCGGCGUAGGGUGCAGCGACAGCGGGAACUUGAGGGCGUCCGUUUGAUGAUUGGCAACCUGCACGACAAGGCCAAGUAUCUUGAGCAGCAGCGGAGAAGCUACGACGACUACAUUGAGCAGGCGAUGGCCACGCUCCAAAACAAAAAAGGCAAAAAACGUUUCCUCCUCCCCUUCACAAAACAGUACAACCACCAACGCGAGCUCGAGCGCUCGGGCCGGGUGCCCAAGUUCGGCUCGUACAAGUACAGCGUGCGGGCGCUGUCGGACAAAGGCGUGGUCGUCUCGUGGCAGGGCAUCCCCGAGCGCGAUUGGGGCCAGAUCAACCUAACCAUCUCGUGCGACGAGGUCGGCGUGUUCACCAUCGAGGGCAGCCGCGGGCACAUCCAGAUGCCCGGCGCCAGCGCGCUCGUGCCCAUCGAGGACCUGCUGCAGGCCCAGUUCGAAGCCCACCAGUUUAUGAACCUGUUCGAGGGCGGUCUGAAACUCAACGUCAAUCUGCUGUUGCACUUGCUGUACAAGAAGUUCUAUCGGACGCAGUAA